AUGCAGUUAGAGAACUGCCUUUUCAUGAUGGCAUUCACUUACUGCGCUGCCCUGGAUUGUUACAGUGGCGCUAAAGACAGAAACGAUCGAUGGGUUGACAAUAUUUUAUCGAUAAAAGAGUGCAACCAAGGAGAAAUUUGCUCUGUUCAGGUCAUAACAAAACGAAAUGAAGAAGUGACUUACGAGCUUGGAUGUACUGCAUCUCAGGGAUUUGUCGGACAUGUUGGAUGUGGUAAUAUUCUUUCCAAGGAGUACACCAAAGCAACUAUUUGCGUUUGCAACUACAACAUGUGCAAUUUGGAUUUGCUUAUUGGCAGGAAUCCCGAAAGCGUGGAAUAUCUGAAGCUUGUGUUACCCUUUUCUACAUGGUUGCCAACUGGUUCAGUAGAAGAUUGCUAA